UCCAUUUGCAAGCCUCAUACAAAGUACUUCAUCUUCUCCAAACAAGGACCCAAUUGCAAGCAUUCAUCUUCUUCAACCAGGAUGUUUCAUAGAGGAGGAGGACGUGGGCGUGGACGUGGUGGGUUUGGUGGGGGAGGCAGAGGUUUUGGACAAGGAGGAGGAGGAGGAGGAGGAGGAGGAUUUAGAGAUGUGCCAGAUGACUAUUUUGAGGUCUUUCCGAGAGUGGAAGAGUUCCCAAAUAGAAAGGAUGCGACUGCAGAGGAGAUGGACCUCAUUUGUAGGAGAAGAGUGCUACAAUCAUUUUAUAGUUCCUCUUCUUACCUCAUUGAAAGUAGUGCACCAAAAUCAGAUGAGAUGAGCAAAGAGAUAGAGCGAUAUGCUGAUAGGUUGAAGCCUAAGACCAAGGUGGCACGCUGCCGUCCACUUACAUCUCUUCUGAAACUUAAUUCAGCUUAUUUCCCCCGAGAGCUACUCCAAGGUUUACAACAUGAAAAAUUAAACAAGGAGAUUUCAGAAUCAACAUUGCAACCAGAUUCAGCUAAAAAUGUUAAUCUGCGGAAGAUGGAUUACCUGGAGAAACUUGAAAAGGUGAAAGAUGGGAAGCCUGAAAAGGAAAAGAAAGAAGAUGAGGAUGAAGAUGAAGGAAAUGAAGAAAACGAAGAGGAGGAAGAAGAAAUUGGCGAAGAUGAUUAUCAUGAGAACUUUGGGUUUGAUGAUGACGAAGAUUAUUUGGAUGAUGUUGAUGAUGGUGGUCUUGAUAUCGGUGAUUGCUACUAACCAUGCGAGCACAAGAGUUUGCUUUAUCCAGUUUCAAGUGGGUUUUAGCUUAAUGCCCUCUAAAAAGAUAUUCUUUUUAGACAGUGAUCAUCUACAUAUGACAAGGCUUCUGUGUAUCAAUAUUCAAAAGAUCCUUUUCCUUUUGUUCUCUUCUUCUUUGUUGGCUUCAUAAAACAAAAGCCUGUUUUCUUUUCCUUUUCUUUGGCUCUGUUCCUUUCUUUUUGGUUUUUGAAUAUAUUCACUUUGUGUGGAUUCAAAGGAUUACCGUGAAAUAACUUUUUCUUUCUAGUUUAUUCAUAUUUUUUGGAUUUUCUUUCUUUUUGGUUAUUCAUGUUCACGUGGUCACUGAAAUUUAAAAGGUCAUCCACUCCGUGUGCAACAAUAACUGUGAUAUCUGAUUUUCUCCUAUUCUUUCUCCUUUCAAGAAUCAGCUAUUUAUCAAA